AUUUGGAGACAGAGGCGAAGAGAGUUGGAGAACUUUUUUUUCUAAAAGAGUGUGGGGAGGGGAAAGUUGAGCAGGGCGAAAGAACGUUGUCUUUAACUUCUCCCCCAGGAAAGGCAUUUUCACUCAAGGAAAGUAAUUACAAACACGGUGGAUUACAAUUUGCAAUGAAAUAAUCGGAUCGCCUCUGCUGUGAGAAAUAUUGUGGAUUAAUGUGGACGUUUUACUCCUUGGAUUAAUCAGUUCUUGUAGGUAGGAGUCAAGCGUCUCUCUUACCUGAGGAGGAAGCCAUGUGGGUCGUAUGGUCAUCUGUGCUGUUCACCCUGGUGUGGCUGUCCAUCAUCUCCUGUCCGUGUGAGGGAGGCCGACUUGUGACUGAUGAAGCCGUCCGAUGCCCCUCCCUACAGGUGGAUGAAUGGAGGUUUCCCCAGACAGCCAGACACAACAUCACAGGUUUCAAUCUGGUGCGGAGGUUUGGCUUGUUGAAGCUCACGGGGGUGAAGAAGAUCCGGAACCCCAACGGGCCUGUGAUCCUGAGACUUGGGAAGGUGCCGCUCACCCAGCCCACUGAUCAGGUGUUCCCCCAUGGGCUGCCAGAAGAGUUCACUGUGGUCUUCACUCUGCUGCUGAAGAAAAAGACUGUCAAGGACAACAUCUACCUCUUCCAGAUCUCAGAUGAGCAGGGCUACCCUCAGUUCUCCCUGGACCUGAACGGGCCGGAGCGGACGCUUGCCCUGCGGGCCCGUGGCGGGGGCGGCGGCGAGGACGACUUUGUGGGAUGCGUGUUCGGCGGGGAGGGGGUGGAGUCUCUCUUCGACUUCCGCUGGCACAAGGUGGCGAUGAGCCUCCAGGCGGGCGCGGCCUCCCUGCACGUGGACUGCGGCUCCAUCGAGACCAAGCCAGUGGAGCCCAGAGCGCAGCUGUCCAUGCAGGGACACACCUUACUGGCCAUCCAGGCCUCCGACGGAGCCGCCGUAGAGAUGGAUGUCCAGCAGGCGACGGUGUACUGUGACCCUGAGCUGGCCAUCCAGGAAGCCUGCUGUGAGAUCCCCGGAGCGCGGUGCCCUCCCGACGCGCCCAAGAGCCGCCGCGCUGCCGAAAGCAGCCCCCGCGCCAACCUGGUGGAGCUGCUGCCACGCCCCGACGGCAAGGGAAUCCUGGGACCUCAAGACCUAGCAGACAAAUGUGCUGGGUGUGCCCUGCUCAACGAGGAACAACUUGUUGAAAGAGGACACAUUAUUGAUGGAUUGCUGCAUGGAAUAAAAGGAGAGAAGGGAGAUCGGGGUUUGGACUGCUCUGGUUCUGAAUCCUCAGGCCUGUGCUCGACGGGGCCCAAAGGAGAGAAGGGGGUGAAGGGUGAGCCGGGGGGCUCUGGAAACUGGGGAGAUGGAGCUAGGCAGAAGGGGGAGAAGGGUCAAAAGGGUGAGACUGGUAUGCAGGGUCUCUCUGGGUUCCCGGGAAAAGAUGGUAGAGCUGGGUCGAUAUGUGUGGUGGGCCCCAAAGGACAGAAGGGCACCCCAGGGCUGGUGGGACCAGAGGGCCUGGCAGGAGAACCGGGUCGCCCAGGCCCCCCUGGAGAGCCGGGUAUCGGCAAACCUGGACCACCGGGGAGGCCAGGCGGACCUCCUGGUUCGAAGGGGGACAAGGGGGAUUCUGGGAUACCUGGCAAGGAUGCCGAGCCUGGAGAUCCUGGACCUAGAGGUCCUGUGGGUCUGAAGGGAGCGAAGGGAGACCCCUGCGAAGUCUGCCCUGUUUUGCCCACAGACGGGGGGAAUACCGUGGCCCUCCCAGGGAAGCCGGGGCCCAAAGGAGACCCGGGGGCCCCAGGGAUAGGGGUGCCAGGUCUGGCGGGCCUCCCUGGCUCGGACGGGAAGUCUGGCGAGAAGGGAGAACCAGGGUCUGCUGUGAAAGGUGAAAAGGGAGAGCCGUGCGCCGUCUGCCCCACAUUGGGAGAGCUCCCUGCUAACCUGAACUCCGUGGUCCUGGAAUCCAAUCUGAAACCUGGGGUGAAGGGCGAGAAGGGAGAGGCUGGAACUGGAGAGAAGGGGGAAAAGGGGGAAGUAGGGGCUGUUGGACUUUCUGGAAUGACAGGAGAGAAGGGUAGCCGUGGUGACAAGGGAUCUGAUGGGAAACCGGGCAAGACAGGACCGAGGGGGCCGCUGGGUCGUGACGGGCCGAAAGGAUCGAAGGGUGACACUGGGGCGAAGGGCGAGACAGGACCGCAAGGGGAGAAGGGUGAUUCGUGUGGUUCUUGUGUACCUCCCUCUGAGGCGGGUGGGGGACCAUCCUUUGUCAAAUGGCCAAAUGCGCCUGGGGAGCCAGGACCUCCCGGGCCUCCAGGACCCCAAGGGCAACCGGGCGAUGAUGUGGUGGGGAAACCGGGGGAUCCAGGAGUCAUGGGUUCAAAGGGAGAAAAGGGUGACCCAGGUGCACAGGGUGACCCAGGAAAUGGGGGGACCCCCGGAACCCCAGGAUUACCAGGAGAACCCGGGAGGGAUGGCUUCCGUGGACUGAAGGGAGAGAAGGGAGACGCCUGUGACAGCUGUCCUUCGCUCCCAGAGGGACCGUCGGGGGUGGGGGGUUUGCCGGGACUGAAGGGCGAGAGAGGGGACCCUGGCCCCCCGGGACUUGGUCAACCAGGCAAACACGGUCAUCCAGGUCUCCCAGGUGUCCAGGGACCUCAGGGACCCAAAGGCAGUCAGGGUGAACCAGGAAUUGCAGGCGUGGGUCUUCCAGGACCCAAGGGCGAGCAAGGACCCAGGGGCAAGCAUGGAGUUGUUGGACUUCCAGGGAAAGACGGUAUUCCGGGUGCUGCAGGACAGAAUGGGGAGAAGGGCUCUAAAGGGGAGACGGGGCCUCCGGGGCCUCAGGGGCCCGCGGUUGAAGGGGUGCCGGGGCCCUCGGGCAAGGAUGGCACCCCUGGGCGGCACGGGAUUCCGGGCGAGGACGGGCGUCCUGGACCUAACGGCGACAAGGGGGACAAGGGUGACCCUGGGGAGUGCAGUUGUCAGGUUCCGAACUUCACUGGAACUGGAGGACCUGGAGCUCCAGGAACUGCUGGCCUUCCCUUGUGGCAGCCUGGUCCACAGGGUCCCCCUGGACCUCCAGGACCCCCAGGCCCACCAGGGCCAGAGGGGUCCGCAGGGGUUACAGGACCGCAGGGCCACCCUGGCAAUGAUGGCGAACCAGGGAAACCGGGUCCGCCCGGCAACUUACUGCCCCGCCCAAUUCAAGACUCCGGGGAUGAAACGGUUGUCUGUGGGGACUGCUCGCAGGGUAGUCCGGGCGUUCCAGGUGUGACAGGUGUCAAGGGCGAGAAGGGAGAGCAGGGCACACCUGGGGCAGGUCCCAGUGAUGGCUGUGAAAGGUGCUUCCAGAGGCAGCACAGGCAGGAGAGUGCUGACAGUGCUGGGCAUGGUGUGCCAGGGUUACCAGGGAGCCCGGGCGAACCAGGACUCAAAGGCGAGCAGGGUCCUCCAGGUCAAAGGGGAUUUGCUGGCUCUCCUGGAAGCAUAGGUCCUCCUGGGUUUCCAGGUCCUGCAGGCCCACCUGGAUUAGCUGGUCAACCGGGGGAGAGGGGGCAGCCUGGACUACCAGGGUUGAAGGGGGAAAGUGGUCCUCCAGGAACUCCUGGAUACCCUGGAUCUAUGGGACCCCCCGGACUUCCUGGCCUUAAGGGUGAGAGAGGUCAUCCGGGUGGUGCUGGGCUGAAAGGAGAAUCGGGACCUCCGGGCACCCCUGGAUAUCAGGGUUCUCCAGGCGCGGCAGGUUCCAAAGGUGAAAUAGGCUUGUCAGGACCCGCUGGACCAAAGGGUGAACAGGGUUUCCAAGGACAACCAGGAUUUCCAGGACAACAAGGUCCCCCUGGUUUCCCAGGCAAGGCAGGCUCCCCGGGGCCCCCAGGACCGAAAGCUGAGAAGGGCACUGAGGGCCAGCGGGGCUCCCAGGGGCCCACGGGACCCCCCGGAUCACCUGGUUCUCCUGGCAUGCCGGGACCUCCUGGGAUGGAGGGAUUGGAUGGAAAAGAUGGAAAGCCAGGACUCCGGGGAGAACUUGGUCCACCAGGCCCAGCCGGACCCAGAGGAAUCCCGGGUUUCAAAGGAAAAUCAGGACACGUUGGCUUCCCCGGACAGAAGGGAGAUAUUGGUCCUCAGGGCCCACAAGGGAAGAUCGGCCGACCUGGAAUGGAUGGAGACCCUGGAACCCCUGGGCCUCAGGGCCGCCCUGGGCCCCCAGGACACCUUGGCGCUACAGGACCUCCUGGGUCUCCAGGCCCUGCGGGACCUCCGGGAGUGGGCGUGAAGGGGGACAAGGGUCAGGCUGGAGACAGAGGACUGCCAGGGAUGGCCGGCCUACCUGGGGCUCCAGGGCACCCAGGACCACUGGGAGAACCAGGCACGGAUGGAGCCGCGGGGAAAGAUGGAGCCGCUGGGCUGCCUGGAGACAGUGGGCAGGCAGGACAGAAGGGCGAGGCAGGGGCCCCGGGACAGAGGGGCUCCCCAGGGGAGCGCGGACGCCCUGGCCCUCCGGGCGGCGGGUACUCCUCAAAGGACUCGGGCGUGGGAAUGAUGGGGCCAGCCGGGCCCCGUGGGGAGAGAGGGCCCGCAGGACUGCCUGGCCAGUCCGGAUCCCCGGGAUCGCCAGGAACACCUGGGAAUGAUGCAGUGGUCAACUAUGAUGAAAUCAAGAGCUUCAUCCGGCAGCAGGUCAUAAAGAUCUUUGAUGAGCGCAUGGCGUACUACAUGUCCCGCAUGCAGACGCCUGUGGAGGUUUCAGCUCCCGGGCGACCCGGUCCCCCCGGCAAGGACGGAACCCCUGGGAGGCAAGGGACUCCAGGGAUGCCUGGCAUGCCGGGACAGAUCGGUAGAGAGGGGCGACAGGGACCCAUGGGGCCACCGGGUGCCCCUGGUGCUAAGGGAGAUAAGGGGGAUAAGGGCAUUGGUGAGAUGGGUGACAGUGGCCCACCAGGAUCUCCAGGUCUCCCUGGAUCUCCAGGCUAUGGGAAGAUGGGCCCACCUGGAUCCGUAGGACAGCAGGGAGUACCAGGGAUCCCAGGCCCGGCUGGUACCCCAGGAUCACCUGGGAAGCAGGGUCAUUGUAACCCCUCAGACUGCUUCAGCGGUAUGCCCGCUGAGUACAACCCCAAGGGCCCCCCUAUGAAGGGCCCCAUGUACUAGAGAGGGAGAGAGAGAAAGGGGACGGGAGGGACGCAAGGACCGGCACCCUUCCAAGGCUGAAAGCAGCCUGAUUACAAAAACCUGAACUGGCCUCUGCUUUACCCCAGAUAUCAUAAUCCAUUUGUCCCUCACGCACACACAUACCCACACAGACACACUCUCAGAAACUAAGGCAUAGUUGGAAACUGACUCUCCCAUUCCAAAUGGCUCCUAUACUCUCGUCCCCGUCCUGUUCCUGGAUCUGCUGCCCAAUGUACAGGGUGUCUGAAAGGCCUGGAGUCACACUGUGUGAGGAGUAAAAAGGACGCGCAUGCUGCUUUUUUACCCCGCAAGGUUGGUUCCUGGAGACGGUCAGUCCCCCGAUUCCUAAGCCCCUGCACUGGAUGCUGUGGAGGACCAGGGGGGUGUUAUAUCCUGAGAAAUGGUUCGGCUCCCUGAGCGAACCCUCUCUCUUUCCUCCACUUUCUUUACCCCCGGUAAUCCUGCCUCCCUAAAGUUCUUGUUUUUGUGUUCUCUUGCUUUUACAAUCUUUUUUGUUUAUUUUUCCACCGGGACUUGACAGCCCUCGUUUCUGUCCCAGAAAAAGAAAGGGAAAAAAACCUUGUCUUUAAAUUUUUUUUAUUGUAGGUUUACCACUCCUGGGUUGUAAAAAGGUGGAGAAUGUUGAAGCCUUUCCCUGUCCCGUUAGGCAGCUCACCUUGUACUGUUAGCAAUAGCUUCUUGGGCUCAAUUUUUAAUCUCAGGUGCCCCUCCCCCUAUUAAAUAAAUUAGUCAUUCCUAAAAAGCAGGCCAAAUGUACCUUAUUAGCUUUUCAGAACCACUUUCAGAGGGGAAGGGGACUUUUACUUCCUGUCAUAGCCACAGUUGUUAUAGUCAUAGAAAUUCCCACUGAUGCAAGUGUUACAUUUGGGUUUAAAUACAGCCAUAUUGAAUAUUUGAAUUGGCCCAUUUAUUUUAGGGUUUGUGUUGUACAUAUUUAUAUUUAUAUAUUACUGCUUUUUAUAUGAUUUUAAUCAGCAACAGCAUGGCAGUCUUUAUGUUCAUUAAUGUCUUUCUUGUUUUACCCCAAAAUCAUUCAAGAAAAUGUUUUUAAGAUUUCAAAUUCUGAUUGAUUUGUCUGUAAAAACAUAUAUAAUAUUUCAGUGUUUUGGAUAGAACUGUGCAUUUUGUACUAUGGCUUCAAUUUAAACAAAUAUUCAGUUCCAUAAGGGAGAGGAAACUUUUCAUUUGUCGUUUAUUGUUUUUGGGAGUUUUAUUUUUGAAAAUCAAGCUUGAACAGAUAUUUUUACAGACAUUGCAGUGAUUUCUAUCUGGGGGUGUCUGAAUUCAGAUACCUUGGUGUUAAGCUCUUAUUUUCUAUUUGCAUCUCUAAGCAAUAUUUAAACUUGAAAUGCUUCGUUUCGCUUGCGCCUUGCAUGCACAGAACACACAAACCAAAAAAGCUUCCAUCUUGCAGAGUCUUCGCUGCCGUCUCUUUCAGCUGACAGAAGUGCAGUUUCUUUGUGUGCCUUUCGGUGGCCGGCUCAUAAAAGUGCUACGUCGUUCCUACCUGCACACAUUAGGAAUGUUGUAAGAGCGCUUUGUUGCUUUCAUCUCCUGAAAUAUGCUGCCUGUGGAGUCAGCGAUGUUGUUAAUGAUCAUUCCGUUAUGACCGUGCUUUUGCGGCUCAGUGUAUUUUAUCAGCACUUUAUCUAUUCUCUAUUAGGCCUGGUGCUUUUUUUUUGAUGUACUGUAACCCCGUGUCACUGUAAUCUCUGCAUCUCGCUUCCGCGUUAUUUUCAAAAAGGGAGCAAUUUCUCCUCCUCAUUUGCGCCGCACAGCCAGUCAUCAGCCCCCCCCCCGUCCUAAAGCGCUAUAUUUUACCGCUCCUUCGGACCGCCACGCAUCCCCCCAGCUCCCUCUCUGCGUGGAGCCGUCUCUGAGACACGACGCCCCGCACUCCCUCCUUUCUUUCAGCGUGUCUUUGUUUGUCAGUCACGUUAAAGCCAUCGUGCGCCAAAGAGGAUUUUUUUUUUUUUUUAUGGAAACCAAAAAAAAAAAAAAAA